GCUCCAGAUGCAGAUUUCUUAAGCAUUCUUUCCGAGGGGUCAAUGGCCAGGCCUGCUUCCGGCGGAUUGCAUCGCUUGCGCCGCCCGGACUCCUUUGAUGAAGUGCGCAAGUCCGGCCUUUUCCGCAGCAGUACGCCUUGUCAUCUCUUGAGUCGCUUCGCGAUUGUCUUCCAGGACACUCUCGAGGCUUUUCUGCUAGCAGGUGGAAUCAGGACACGCUUUCCAACCAUGCAGCAGGUGAAGCUUGCAAGCGAAUUCUUGUUCAAUGCGUCUGCAGAAACAGACAUCGUGGAUAUUUUCAUUGGCCACUCCUGGAGUGCUGGGCGGUGGUCCAAAUUUCUGGCGCUGUGCAUGUACUUCAACCUUGACAUAGCAGUCAAAUGUGCCUGUGGUACUUGGCUUCUUGUGGUCACUGUGCUGCUGGGAUGGGGUGGCGGGAUCACCAUCCUCGGAGGCAGCUGCCUUGCCUUGCCAUGCCUCACAUACCUACCAAUUAGUUGUUUCUUUCUUGCGUUCCUGUUCGCACAUCACAUCAUGGGUGAAACUCCAUCUGUCUGGGUGGACAGGCUUUGCAUUCACCAAACAAACCCGGACUUGAAGGCAAAACAGGUCGCAGCUCUCCCGGUCUUUGUCGCUCGCUCACGGCGAAUGCUGAUCUUGUGGGACGACACCUACUUUGAGCGAUUGUGGUGCAAUUUGGAGCUUGCCACAUGCGCACGCUUUGGUGGAGCAGAGAAAGUGGAAGUGCUCCCUGUGUGGUUGGCCCCAUGGCUGCUGACCUCGAUCUUGUCCCUGCUGUUCAGUGUGACCCUGUUUGACAUCUUGGAGCGUGUCUUUCCCAACUGGGGCGCUCCAUGGAUUGAAGGCAUCGCUAACUAUGCAGAGGUGAUACUUGGGGAGAAACAACUCUUUGUGGCCGCGUUUCGCACUUGGAUGAUGUCAUGCCUUGUGCAAUUGCCCACCUCUUUGCCCUGUUUUCUCUCCUUCCGGAUGAAGCUGCGAAGUCACCAGCUAUUGCUGGAUCAGAUGGCAGCUUUUGAUGUGAGAAAUGCCAAGUGCACUCUGCCUGCGGAUCGGGGGCCCAUUGAACAGCAGAUGCGAGAGCUUUUCAAGGAUGGAGAUGUUCUUGAAGAUCAGGAGGCCAAGGCGACGGGUGAUGUUGAUGCUGGGGAGGCGGGCAGCUUUGUUGGAAAGCCGACCAAACAUAAUUAUGUGGGUGAAGCUUGGACUAGAUGUGUGUGUGUGUGUGCUAUGUCAACCUCGACAAACGUGUAUUCUGCUGCCCAAAAUGUUGUGUUAACAUGAAAGCUAAACUUGAGGCAGUGGGGCAACCUCCAGCUGCGGUUUCCAGUGGAUGUCGCAUCGAGUCACAUGCUAGCGUGAUAGAAUACAAUGUGUUUCUUGCAGAUGUUGCAGGUCCGUCUUCAAAGGUUUGUUGAUGUCAACUACUUUCGCGAUCCGCUGCAAAGCUUCAAUCUCUACGUCCGGGGGACGCUGCGGGACUCUGUGAUUGCACAGAUCGGUGACGAACUAUCUGUGCCUUGGCGGACCUGCUUGAUUGCCAUCCUCCCAAUGAUCUUCUACUCCUCUGUGAGCGUGCUGGGCUGUGACAGUGGGCCGUGUGAGACUUCAUCUGAAUUGCAGGGCUUCGUCUCUGUGGGCCAGUACAUGGUCACAAAUAGUGUAGUCUGGGUGCUGUGCAUUGCCGUUGCAAGUCCGCUGACAUUCCCCAUCACCCUUCGGAUGCUAAAGUUCACGUUCUCCUUCGGAGAUGGUCCACUGCAACAUGUCGCAGCAUUCCUGUGCUGUGCUUUGGCAAGCAUCUGCAACUGCCUGUGCAGUAGCGUUCUUGGCACAUUGUUUGGAGUCGUGAUGGUGGAGUACUCGGUGAAGAAGCUCUUGGCUUUCGUUGUGAUGCUGGUCGUUCUGAUAAUGCAGAACGUGUGGCUCUUUUGCGGGCACAUCCAGCGACGGAGCCGGAAUGAGAUUUCCUGCCGCUGCAUCAAGCGACAGGCUGUUUAUGAGGCUGUUGGUGGCAGCUUGCAAGCGCAUGAUGCCACAUAGCAUAUUUGAGUCUCUCUAUGAAGCCGGCUGGAAAUUCAAGCUGGCAUUUCCAGCACUGUAUACUUGAUAAUUGUUCAACAUGGACAAAGUUUCGGAC